GUUGGGCAGAGGUAGUUAGUUAAUAUAUAUACAUAGAUCUUAGACCAUCUUAGGUACUUUAAGCCGUCUGCGGGAAGGCCCCUUGAAUGGCCAACCCAAGGCUCAGGACCCCCUCCUCCAGCACACAUGCUACCGAUCCCACCGAUAUACCUCCCGUCCCCGUCGUAGCUGUUUCCCUUCUACAGCCCCGCGUCGCCGUCGCUCUCGGCGUACCUAAGCGUUGGCAUCAUACUCUCUCCGCUUGUCGUCUACUCUCUAUCGUCCCUCCUAUACUCUGGGGCCUUCGAUACGCCUUGCGUUUCCUCCUUGCCGAUCUGUUACGCUUGUCCGAGCAAGACCAUGGCCAUAAUGUUAGUCUUUCCUCCUUGAGGUUGACCGAGACGGCAUUAGCUGUUAUAUGGUGCUACGCCUCUGCAUAUCUCGCCUUCUUUUUCACCGACUGCCUCAUGUCACGCUGGCUCAUCAACUACACGCCUCAAGCGACAGUUGUGCGCCUCUUCACUAUUAGCUGCGCCUUCGCCUACCUGACCUCGUGGAUCGUAUACCUAGCUGGUGGUUCUCAAGACCCUGGUCUGCUGCUGCCAGCCUGGAUCGGGAUAGCCACCAUCUUAACCCUCUGCUACCACUUCACCCAGCGCAAGAUUAAGAUACGGAAGGAAACCUUUGCUAGUAUCAGCGUCUUUUCCAUAGCAAGCUUUAUUAGCAUGGUUGCCUUACUAUUACAUUCCCAUACGACCAGAGCUGGAUAUCAGAACGUCCCGAUAGUUGGCAUAACCAAGCGAGCAUGUCAAAUCGGAGCAUACAUCAUUUUCCGCAUUGUAGGCCUUACUGGGGACUUGGACGGUUUAUGAUAUAGGACAUCGACUUCCUAAUGUUUUGUUCACGUUGUUGCAGCUUAAUGCCGUCGAAAAACGUUAACUAAGCUACACUUAUAUUAACCUAUCAGGAUGCAUAAAUGUGUCUAGCCUAGUCACCGACUUUAGCAAUGGGAUGCUCCGAGAAGCUUGAUGUUUUUACUUUAAGAGAAGCGAUUUCGAGCCCGAUAAGUGUACUCCAGGAUAGAAGACAAAUAUAUUUUAACCUUGGGCAGAUUAACUAUAGUUUUUCUUUUGGCUGUCUGUAGCUGCAUUUAGAUGAUAAUUCAGCUUGCGUAUAUAUUCCCCCUAGCC